AUGCAGAUCCGACAGUCAGAAGGGAAGACGCCCUCCUUCCUUUGCACCCUUUGGGCGACAGAAGUCUCCGAUGCAUGCUGCAGGAAAUCAAGCCCCGCUGUUCGAUACCCAAUCUAUCCUCACGCUGCCCUUACAGUCGCCCCUCUUACCCACGCCAGACAGGAUGACAUGAGAUCGAAGGUACCAUUUUAUGCAGUAGCUUUCUCCCAUCCGAUUUCGUCUCUCGCGCACAGACCAUUUAUGCUACACACUUACACACCUCAGGCUCCGUGUCCAGGCAUUGAUGUUCUCGCACUCCGACCAUUAGUCCAAGCCUGUCAAAUUGGUCUACAACCGGAUCAACCCGACGACACGUUGCCACAAUCCUCCAACAAUGAAUUGCCUCGACCGACAACCGCGGAAAGUCCCGAAGCUUGGCUCUCCGAGGUCGCCGUCUCCCUGACAGCUUCGCCUUCAACAUUUUAG